CUACUCUUCAUGGUUGUUACUGUUUCCUCUCCUCUACUUUCUUUCCCAUAGCGGCGACUGGUUCUUCGUCAACACCUUCUUUCGUUUUAAUUCCACUGUCACUACGUACGUCCGACAAGCGACAAGCACCGGUCCUUUGAGACAAUUGAUCCAUCAAAUUCCUCUGCUUACCCUCUUUUUACUCAAACGUUCCAGGUGACGCUCGGAUCUCUUCACCUUCAUCUCACCAUCAUCAAAAGUUUAUUGUUUCUCACACCACUCGUAAUCUCCAUCUCUCUUCUGUGGUUAAUUCAUUUCCUUCACCCUUCACGUUCUUUCAUCACCGAUACCUUCACGUCUGAAGACGUUCCUUCAUUCGACGACGCCUUGCGCGUUUCUCUUCAUCCGAGACAAACUUGACGCAGGCGUCCUUUCCUUCAACUAGAAUCAUACAACUUACACCCAUCUUCGAAUUCCUACUCUUUCCGUCGACAACACACCAGUUCACAAAGCUUCGACAUUCAACAUGCAUUCCAACACUCCCUUGGGUCGAGCGAGACCACACAACAUACCGAAGAGUGAAGAUCCUGCUUCUCUUUGGAAAGCUUUAAUCAAAUCGUUGCGAUACGGUCCCGAUCAGGUCGUCGAUAUGUCACUGAAACCUCGAGUCAACAUAUAUACUCCUGGGGAAAUAGCGAGUUUGGAAGCUGUCCAAGCUGCUCAAGCAUCCGCUGCAGCUGCAGCUGCUUCGUCCUCCGUCGCUGCUGCUAAAGCCUCGGCUUCUGCUACUGCUGCCGCCGCGGCCGCUGCUGCCAAAGCGAAGACAGCCACUACGGCAAAGACCACAGCUUCAACAACUGCCAAAGCAGCCGCUGGUAAUGCCGCAGCGGGUACGACCAUCAAAUCGGCUCAAUUGACGGCGACGAACCCUGUCAUCGCUUCCAUCCAAGCCGCUGCGUCCUCGUCAACCACAUCCUCGUCUUCUUCCACUACCAGUACCAUAUCUAGUGUGUCCAAAACAACCACUUCUUCUUCCUCUACUUCGAAGUCCUCUUCAUCUACUUCAUCAACGCAUAGCUCCUCUCCUACGCCUACGGUGCCUACCAUCACCUCGAACUUCCCUUCAUCAACUCUCUCCUCGGCAAUCAAGUCUGCUACAGCCGAAGCCGCCGCUUCCUCGUCCAAGAACUCCGGCCUGAGUACAGGAGGUAUUGUCGGAGUGGUCGUUGCCGCCUUGAUUGGACUGAUUAUCGUUGGAUCCGCGAUCGGUUGGUUGUACCGCAAAUAUGCGCGUCGCUCCUACUCUACCAAACUACCAUGGUCCAAGAUUCCGGAAGACAUCACUCCGUAUCCUCAUGAGAAACCAGAGCCACCUCCUGACGACAUUUAUGGGUCUUCGACUGUGCCUGUCAUCGGCUCGCGUCGCGCUUUAGCCCUCGCUAGACAGAACGCAUUCAACAACGAUGGUACUCUUCGACCCGACUCUUACGUCGGUGAAGACAACCGAGCUGGAGUUGGCGCGGGUACAAGGGCUCGACCUCAACCCCAAUCUCAACCAGGGUAUGGCGGAUAUGGUACAAUGGCUCCAUCAUACGGGGUGGAUGCUCAGGGAAGACCAUAUAACGCUCAAGCUGGAAGAGUCCCUAUCAAUCCUUAUCCUUAUGCAGACGACUACACUCAGCCACCUGGAUUCUCUCCUCCGUCCAGUAGACAGCUUCUCGGACCCAAUUCUCCACCGACCCCGGCCGGACAUCCAUUUGCCAACUCAAACUUGCUUGCUGUUCCCAUGGGUCGUCCUUUGCCACCUCGGACCGCAUCGGAUAUUGACAAUCUGGAAGAUUUUGCGGAUAUACCUCAACCUCAUUCGCCUAACUAUCUGCCUUAUAGCGACCCGGAACCGUAUACUCCCCGAACCGCCACUUCCGCGAAUGAAUGGGCAGGACAUGUUCAAGCUCCCAUACCUCCUCCUGCAGCUGCGACCUCCAUGCCUAUGCCCAAACCGUAUGGAUAUCCUCUUGCGGAGAAACAUACCUACUCUCAACCCACUUCAUCGAACUAUCAAUCUAACACGGAAACGUUGCGAGCUCCGCUGCCGACUUUAACUCCUGUCAGUCCUCUGAUGGCAUCAUUCAACCUUCGGAAUUCAACACAACAGCCUUUGUCGAUGUAUGAACCUGAACACACACCGGUAUCCCCCCCUUCUACUCCAUCGGACCAGAAGAGAUUAUAUGGAGAAGUAGCGAGAGCAGCGGGCGUUUCCGAACCUGUCACCCCCGUCACUCCUGCAGCCGGAGCAUCAGCAUUAAAUCAAUCUACCUCUUCACAAGCUACCACCUCCAGCUUUUCCGCUCAUGAACCCAUGCGACUUCCACAACUCAAUCUGGAACCUCCUCAACCAUACAUGCAUGGUCAACCUCUGUCACCUUUGCAAGAAGUACCCACACCUCUAUCAACAGCGACGAAUGUCAGUCAACAGGCAGGUCGGUUCGUUAGGUCCGAAGUGAACCCAUUCGACAGAAUGCCAAAUAGCGCCGAUUCUCGUAACCUGGUACCACCUUAUUCGGCCACGACGGCGGGAGCUACGGUCUUCCCAAGUCCGCAUUACCCUCCUCCAAGUCCUGGAGGUAUGAGUGUACCGGGAAGCGUGACGGAUAGUCCGAGACGAUGGUCGGGUGCGCCUGGGAAUAGGGUGAGUAUGUUCGAUGGGGAUGAUGCGUACGGAGGGAUUUGAGGGAUUAGUAGGUUUAUUAGCGAGGAAAUCAUAAGAUAGGUAGAGACGAAGGGGAGAAGUGAACAAGCCAGACGCUGGCGUCUGUAUAUAGCUCGGAUGGUCCGAGAGGAUGUAGAAUAAACGCAACGCUCUUUUGAUGGACACUUCUGCUUGGGUCAAAUUGUCGGUAUGAGAAUAUGAAUUGUUAUGUCUGGGUUGAAAUGUGGUCAUGGAGUAGUGAGAUUCGAACAUGAGGAAUAUGAGAAAGAACAGCGAUCAUCACAGACCAAUAAUCGCUCUACUCCACUUCUCACUCCUUCCAUCAUGGCCGGCGGUCACCAUCAUGCUGGCUGACCAACGUGGCUCUUCAAGAUGAUUCACGAUCACCUGUCCCACGAUCACCUGUCCCACGAUCACCUGUCAACUGGCUGAGUUUUCUCAUCACCCUUGCAGCAGACAAAUUUAGAGAGAGUAAAGCCUGAUCCGAAUGCAUCUCUCCAUUUGUGCUUUG